AUGGCUGAGCUGCAGCCAGGGAAAGUGAUGCGGAGGGGGCAAGUCCUUGCCUUCCUCUUGAUCAGCCUGGCCUACCUCUGGCUGCCUGCAGGCUCCAAGCGAGCCCCCAAGCUGCCCCCAUGUCCCCAGAGCUGCUCCUGCACCAGGGACACUGCCUUCUGCAUCGACUCCAAAGCGGUCCCCAGGAACCUGCCCCCGGAGGUCAUUUCCCUGACCAUGGUGAACGCGGCCUUUACUGAAAUCAAAGCAGCAGCCUUCGCUCACAUCCCCCUCCUGCAGUUCCUCUUACUGAACUCCAACAAGUUUACGCUGAUCGGGGACGAUGCCUUCACCAGCCUCUCCCACCUGCAGUACCUGUUCAUUGAGAACAAUGACAUCCGCUCGCUGUCGAAAUUCACCUUCCGAGGACUGAAGUCCUUGACACACCUAUCUUUGUCCAACAACAACCUGCAGACGCUGCCCAGAGAUAUCUUCACACCCCUGGACAUCCUCAGUGACCUGGACCUCCGGGGCAACGCUUUGAUCUGCGACUGCAAAAUCAAGUGGCUGGUGGAAUGGAUGGAGAGGACCAAUGCAACGGUGCCUGCCAUCUUCUGCAGCAGCCCCAUCCGCUACCAGGGGCAGAAGAUCCGGGACCUGGCCCUCAAGGACUUCAACUGCAUCACGACAGACUUUGUGGUGCACCAGGUCCUGCCAUUCCAGUCAGUGUCAGCUGAGCCCUUUGUCUACAGCAGCGACCUCUAUGUAGCACUGGCACAGCCCAGUGCCAGCAGCUGCACCAUCCUCAAGUGGGACUAUGUGGAGCGCAAGCUAUGGGACUUUGACCGCAUCCCUGCUCAUUCGGCCGUGUACUGCAAGCCCAUCGUGGCCCAGUCGCAGCUCUAUGUGGUGGUGGCACAGCUCUUCGGCGGCUCCUACAUCUACCGCUGGGACACCAAUGUGGACAAGUUCAUCAAGAUCCAGGACAUGGACAGCAGGAAGAUCCGCAAGCCCAAUGACAUCGAGGCCUUCCAGAUUGACGGCGACUGGUACUUCGUCAUCGCCGACAGCUCCAAGGCCGGCUCCACCAGCCUCUACCGCUGGAACCAGAAUGGCUUCUACUCCCACCAGGCCCUGCACCCCUGGCACCGCGACACCGACGUGGAAUACGUGGAGAACGAAGGCAAGCCCCGGCUCAUCAUCUCCAGCAGCUCCCAGGCCCCUGUCAUCUACCAGUGGAGCCGCACCCAGAAGCAGUUUGUGCAGCAGGGGGAGGUGGCCGAGGUGAUGGACGUGCAGAUGGUCAAGCACUUCAAGUUCAAGAAAGACAAUUACCUGUGCCUCAGCCGCUACAUCGGGGACUCCAAGGUGGUCAAGUGGGAAGGGCAGCGCUUCACUGAGCUGCAGACCCUGCCCUCGCGGGGUUCCAUGGUCAUGCAGCCCUUCCUGGUGUCCCAGCGCCAGUACAUGGCACUGGGCAGCGACUUCUCCUUCACCCACAUUUACCUCUGGGAUGAGGAGAAGCAGAAGUUUGUCAAGUUCCAGGAACUCUCCGUCCAAGCCCCCCGGGCCUUCCACUAUGUCUCCUUGGAGGACAUGGACAUCCUGCUGGCCCCCAGCUUCAAGAGCAGCACGCUGGUCUACAGGCACGUUGUGGUGGACCUCAGCUUGUAG